AGAUUUCAAAUUCACCAAACAAAGAUUCCAAUAUUUCUUUCAAAAAAGGUUGCACUUUACCACUCCUUCAUAUAUUGCUAAAACACAAAGUAGAUACUUGAAAAACUGUAAAGAAAAUCUUAACCAAAACAAAUGCAUAUUUUUAGAAGAUUUUGCUGAAGUUAUUAACAUGUUGUUCAGGAUGAGGUUUAAAGUUAUCACUGGAGUAACUAUAUAUAUCAAAGAAAAUCUACCUGAUGUAUCAAGCGUGAAAUACUUUUCCGAUGGUUUUGCAGCACAAUUUAAAAAUUCUAAAAACUUUAUCAAUCUUUGUUAUCACAGUAAAGACUUUGAUUUAAAUGCUGAAUAGGUAUUUUUUGCUACCAAUCAUGGUAAAUCCCCCUGUGAUGGUAUUGGUGGGACUGUUAAAAGAGUAGUAUGUCAAGAAAGUCUAAAACAAAUAACUACUGGGCAGAUUUUAGAUGUUAAUUUAAUGUACUCUUUUUGUAAAACCAAGAUGAAAGGAAUUUGUUUUAAAUUUUUUUCUAAAGAUGAAAUUGACCAAACAUGAGCACAAUUAGAAAAAAGAUAUUUAGGUGGAAGAACAGUUCCUGGCACAAGGGCGUAUCAUCAUUUUAUUCCAAUUGCUUUUAACACUAAAGUUAUAAAAAAACAAGUAUUGAUACAGAUUUGUUGAGGAUGUCGGCUGAACUGAAAAAAUUUUAUCUUAAUUAUUAUGGGAAAAUUGGUGAACUUCAACCACUAUUAAAAGCAUCUGCAAAUGUUGAUCUCAUACAAAAAUUUAUUGAUCUAUGUAUUGUUGAUGCAGUUAAUGCUCAAAUAGACGCUUAUUUCAGUGUUGAACGAAAGGAAUUUCUUGAAAAGCAAAUUCGUUAUACACCAAUUCCAUACAGUGAUAUAUUUAUGAAAGAAAAACCAGUAAUAUUAAUAUCUGGAAUAGCUGGUAUUGGGAAAACAUGGUUGCUUAGAAAAUGUUUGCUUGAUUGGUCAAAUGAUUUAAUUUGGAAAAAUGUUGAACUUGUUUUCUAUUUGGAAUGCAGGAUACUCAAUUCAUAUGCAAAUAUUUCUAAUAUUAAUGAAUUAUUAAAUAUUUUCUACAAGGAUAUUGUAAACGAUUUUAAAUUUAGUAGUCACACUGCACUGUUUAUAAUUGAUGGGUUGGAUGAGUUUAAAUAUUUCAAUGAGCUAUUAAAUCCAAGUUUGACUAGCACUCUGAUUGUUAAAGUUUUACGAGAAAUUCAAAAAUACAAACAUGUAAUUGCUGGUAGAGUUUAUGCAAUUGAUCAAUACCAAAGUAUAUCUACAGAACAUAGCGAUAAGUUAACCAUUCAAGUAAUGGGGUUUAAUGAAAAUGGAAUAAAUAAUUAUGUAGAAAAUCAUGUUAUAGAAGAAAAAAAAGAAUUCGUAAAAACAACUUUAAAGGAGUCUUCAAUUGCAAAAGCCAUGGCAUCUGUUCCGUUUUAUUUAUCUUCAAUGUGUAAAAUUAUAAGUGAUUCGAAAAAAAUAGAUACAAAUUCUUUCUUAACAAUGACAGAUUUGUAUACAAAUAUUUUUUUAUACUUUUUGCGAAAACAUAUCAUAAAAAACAAUAAACUGAUAUAUGAGAUAAUGGAAGACAGUUCCAAUAAAAAGUAUAUUUUAAAUAUUUGUAAAAUUGCAUAUAAAAUGUUUGUUAACAAUAAAAUAAUUUUUUCCAAAGAUGAAAUUCAAGCUUUUAUUAAUGACUUUGAUAAAAAUGAAGGUAAUUUCUUUGGAUUUAUAGAAAGGAUUGAAACAGAUCUUGGUUGUUAUUAUCAAUUUGCACAUUUGACAAUAAUGGAGUUUUGUGCAUCUGUAUAUGCAUAUAAUUGUUUAAGUAGUGAUGAGAUUAUGGCCAAUGAGAGGCUGAAGAUUAGUUGUUUAUCAAUGAUUUGUGGAUUAGCCAAUAAAAACCCAAACAGUUUAUUAAAGUUUCUUGUUAACCUGGAUUCUUCUAAAAAACACUAUAAAGAAUCUUCAUUUUUGUUUUCUAUUUUGGGUAAGUUUAAGAACUUUGUUGCAUUUUGGUGAGCUUAUUUUAGAUAU